AUGCCACCGCCGCCGAGGGGUGCUCGUCGUAGUUGCAUCAGCUUCCAGGACAUCGAUCUGGACAAUUGGGAAAAAUUAGGCCAAAUCUUUGCUAUUCAUGCGCCCAAUCAAUCGCCAGCUGAUAGGAUAUUUAGCGUCCAAGUGGCUACUGGCGAGGACUUUUCGAACACAUCGGCUCCAAACGAAAUGUGGUUCGCUGAAGUUAUGGAUAUCAAGACUGACAAGAAGCACUCCACUAAGCGUAAAGAUGUGUAUGUACGGAUUCGUUGGUUUUAUACGCCUUACAAUCUUGAUCACUACCAUAAGACUGUCGGCAAAGUCAACACUUGCCGAUUUGGCCAAAAUGAGAUGGUCUUGUCGGACCACAUACAGGUUAUCCCAGCCGUUUGGAUUGUCCGCAAGGCCCGGAUUUUGUUUUUCGAUGAAGACGAUGGAAAUAAUGGAGGUGCACAGAUCGGUCCGAAAGAUCGUUGGUACAGAUACCACUUCAAGACUGGUCUGGGGCGUAUGGUGACGAGAAAAAACUACUCGCUCCCUCAGGCUGGGUGCAGGAUGCCAGGAUGUCAAGCACGUUACUCUCCAGACGAAGAGAUCCAGCGAUUUUGCCCUCGAUGGUUGUGUCGAGAAUGGUGGCAUGAGGAAUGUCUACGGAAUCGGGAACAUGUUCAACCUUUUUCAGUGUACUCACUCCUUCGCAUGCUCCAAGGCACGCCUGGAUUCGGGGGUGCUGACGACGCUGCUGACGAUGAAACCCCGAUAGACAGUUCGAACACGUUGGAAGUCGACGAGGAGUUUGAUGAGGAAUUAGCUUCUAUCUGUUCGAACCUCCUCACUUCCCUCAAGGAUAUAGAGCGAGACUUGAUUCGAUGCAAGGAUUUUGAAGAAAAGAACCUCAACCUUGAUUCAUCCAUUCUCAAGAACAUGGAAGAUUUUGAGAGAAUAGAAAGGGUUCUAUGGUGCGCACGUAGCCCAAUCGUUCGCGGGAAGGAAUAUGGGGUUGUCGGAACUGGGCAGAUGGUGGCCAAGGCCCGGGCUAUCCUUAGAGAAACUGCCGAAUCGCAAUGUUGGCCAACAGAGGAGAAAGUGGCGCCAUUUGCUUCAUGCCAGCUCCCAGUACUACCUAUCGUUACUUGCCCUAGUUGUGGGGGCUGGAUCUAG